CGUAUAAAUGCUGCGUUACAUGGAGAAAGUGAGUCGAUGAACUCGUCGCAUUGAUUAUCUGUGAUGUGAAUAUUGUUUGAUCAGAGAUGGUGCAGUGGAGUGAGAUGAGUCCACAUCAGUGGCAGGAGUUUGUAAAUCAGGAGGUUUGUGUAACAGCUCACGAACAGCAGCAGUUUGAGGGUUUUGUGUUCACAGUGGAUCCGGUGUCUGCCAGUGUGGUGCUGGUGACCCUCCAAGAGAAAGAGCGUCCAUCCGUGAGGGUGGUUUUGGGUCAUGCUGUGAGAGAUGUUCAGAUUCUCAGGAGGGGAACGGAGGAAACCGAGAGACGACUGAAGAGUGUGUUCCUGCCGGACCGAGCUCAGGAUCUCAGCUCCGAGCAGCUCAAAACACGGCGGGAUAAUCUGUGUCUGUGGCUGGAGAAAAACAGAAUCCCGGUGACUGAAGACGGGGAGGUUCUUCGUGUGGCGAAUGUGUUGACCAUCAGCGCCCCCUACGGGAGUGGAGACUGCAGCUGCGCCAAUGAAAUCAUACUGGCCAGAAUUCAGAGUCUGGUGGAGAGUAACCCUGGACCAGAACAAUCUCAGUCACAGACUUUACUUCCCUAAACAGAUGUAAUACAUUUCAUCUGAGUAUUGUGCAGUUAUGAUGUAAUGAUACAGUGUUUCCCUGUUUGAGAAGAAAAGCUCUUGUAACAUUCUGUAGUUAAUACUGGAUCGUGACCGGGAAUUGCAUAUUAUAAUAAAUGGAUAAAACAC